GUUGUCCAACAUCCAGUGCAUACGCUGUGACCAGCGUCGCAAUGACUCCAGAGGCCGUGGUAGAGGGGCCAUAGGGGCCGCGCUGCAGAAAAACCUCUGAAAACGGCCUCAUGAGCGGCGGUCUUUUCCGCACGGAUGGGGGUGCACGUGGCAGCUCGGGGUUGGAUGUGAGUGACCCCGAGAUCGGCAAGGCGUGGGAGCGCGUGCGCCAGGGAGAAGAGGAGUGGAUGCUGCUGGAGUAUGAAGGCAAAAGCAAGCUCAAGGUGAAAGCCACAGGCACCGGUGACCUGCCCCUCUCGGACGAAGAGAUUGUCUUCGGGGGCCUCCGCAGCCAGACGGGGAAGUUCUUCUGCCUCAUGUGUGACUCUGGCAGGGGUUCUUGUGUUCUUUAUUUUCUGAGGGUUUCUAUUGGUGCUUUGGACCUCUUUGGGAGGCUUACUGCCUGUUGAACCGUGCAUUCUCCCAUGCUUCAGAAAUCCGGCCAGCCCCUCUGUACUGUCCGAUUGGAUGACUAACGUUAUAACUAUACAGUAGACUAUAAUAGAUGAGGGGUGAGGUAUGAGAUGCAAGUUCUGAUCCUGCAAGGCACCGGUGAACAUGCCAAUGGCCUUGCCAAGGGCCGGGCGGCCGCGCACAAGAACGCGGCCUUCAACGCGUUGGACGGCACCGUGGGUGAAGUCUGUGGCUUGUCGGUCGAGGAGUUCACGAGCAAGCUGAAGGAGCUCAAGGAGCUGGAGCCAAGGUGACCCGAGCUGAGUGCGUGAUAGCCCCUCACACCAUGUAGUUCCAAGAUCCGAACACAGGGUAGGGAGCACAGUGCCGUGAACAGCGCCUCGCGUCAUUUGGAUGCAGGGGGCCGAGGAUGAAUAGGGAUUGAGAGAAUCUCUCCCUGGAGGUUUCAAUUAGGGGAACGUUUCAUCCUCCAGCCCACUCCGCCGUGGGCAGGCAAAGCCCCACUCCGGUUGGCACUCGGGUGCGGGGAGCAUAUGUGUCCUUCACCUCGGGGACGUCCGCAAAGAACAGGCACCUUUUGCGCGGAA